ACGCACGGUCUCGAUGGGUUUCUCUUUCUUUUUCGACCGCAACUCUAAGCUACAUGCGUCACUUUGCGUGGAAAUACGCCGAGGACUAAAGACAUUAUAGAAACAACCACAUGAUGACCUGGAAAGGCGAAAAAUUGAAUAAUUUUGUGGUUAAAUGGCAUAUGCGAUAAACGUCGAAGAUUUUUAACUUCCUUGUUGGCUGUCGUGUAAACAUGUCUGUACAAAGUGUCUUAAACGGUGAAGCGACACUUAAAGUACAUUUUGACAACGACUUAGAGGGGAUUUUUUGUAAUGUUAUCAUGUUUAGGACGAGACGAGGCUGUUUUCCACCCGUGCCAAAAGGAGAAGGACAGAUUUCCUAAGUGUUGAGCAAUGGCAAGUCGUAAUGGCGCUUCACCGAGCACAGGUAUUGUUGUACCUGUUCCAGUGAAUUCUGACGUCUUUAACAACAGCAUUUUGACAAAACUUGAAAGUGCGUAUUUGUUUGAAGAUUCAAAGCACUCUUUCAGAUACACGUCUGCUUUUUUGAUUAAGAAUCCUGCUCUAGAAGAAAAGUACAAUGCCUGUCGAGAGAAAAGGAGAGAACAAGGUUAUUCAGACAAAGACUUAAAGGAGACCUACGGGUUUUUAUUGUUUGAUCAACUGAACAAGGCAAAAUCUAUCGGAGAAACUGGUAUGCUAGCUGAAAAUGGAACAUGUACAACUCUGGGCGAUCCCACUAAGGGUGUGUAUCUGUCAAUGUACUCUGACUGUUUGGAUCCAAAUUGCUGGUACCAUGGGAAGUCAGGGUACAUUGUCAUUGUAAAGAUUACAGAGGGGAGAGUUAAAAAGGUUUCCGAAAACUACACUCACAACUUGACUAAGCCUACAGUGGGGUUUGAUUGCCAUGUUUCUGAACAGUUGCAAUCAGUCUCUUCAAAAACAAGCUCAUUUCUGGCAUUUGAAAGGACACAGUACUACUUAUAUGAGUUGCUUGACAAUGGAAGUACUGCUCUAUCCCCGAGCCUUGCUUGUCCAUAUGCGGUUGUAGCAUUUUCAUACACAGACAACACAGUAACACUCGAAACCCAACAGGAGAAUUGUGAAGAGAAAAAAGCUGCUUGUCCAUAUUCCCCCUGGAUCGGGAAACUUCAGUUAGGUGCCCAGAUAUUCAAUAUUGGGAUUAGAUCAACAGCGGGUGCCUUGGCCUGGGCAAAAUUGCCCUCAAUAAUUAAAGUUGAAUGGGUGAUUUCUAUGUUAAUCCUCAGAAAGUUGCUGCCAAAAGCCAUUUUUGAAACAACUUUUAAUGGACAAGCUCUUCUAGAACAUGUAUUCUGCUGUCAGUGUGAAAUAGUAACUUUAAACUUGGAGGAAAAGGAUCGCCUGGCACCUCUUUUGCUGGAAAUAAAAAAACAAGAUGUUGCACUUAUUAUUGCACUGAGUGAUGGAGGUUUUCUGGUCCUUAUUCAUGACUCCAAUUUCAUUUCGCAUGAUAAAGAUAAUGGGUUAAGCACCAAUAAAGUACUGCAAGGUGUAUUUGUGUUCCCAGAGUCACAAAUUAUCCAGAAAGACACAAAAAUUCAACGAAUGAAGCAGAGCCUAUCAUCAGAUGCCCUACGUGUCUUACCAUUGUUGAUCUAUGCUGAGGGAGAGAUUGAGAAAACAAGCAUCAAGCCAGAAGAAGAUCUCUGUGAUAUAGUUGUCCAACAUAUGCAGAGUUAUGCCACGCUGAUAAGUCCCAGCUUUCCUUUAAGCCCCUUUCGAGAAGUUGAUAUCUUCCCCGACCAGUAUGACGUGCUUGAUGCCCAUCAGCACCUGUAUUCAACCCCUGAGUGGACAGACACACAAUGGCAAAGCCUGAAGUCAUAUCUGAGCAAUGCAAGCUCUUUUCAGCUGCCUGUUUGCAAGGCCUCGGAAAUCUUACUGGUUGGACAAGAGGCACGACAAGAAGAUCUUGAGGAUGACAUUUAUAUCUGUUUGUCAUCUCCAGAAGAGCCAUCAACCAGCUUGAUAAGCACUGGGUCAGAGGACAGACUAGACCAGAAAUGUUCAUCAGCUACUGAGGCCUCACAGGACAGCAUGCAACCUGUCUCUGCUAUUUCUCAGUUGUUGGUACCUUCUGUUUUACCUACUCAAGAGAGAACUUCUGAGAUGUUCGACUCUACUGUUUAUACUGACAAAGGUGAUGUAUCUAUAGAAACAAAAGAGGUGCCGUUGCGAACUGUUGAACAUUCUGAGGAGUUGAUUGUCAGUAUCACCUCUGCUGCUCGAACUGUUGAUGAUGAGAUCCUUGAUGUGAUAAAGCAUGAUCAACUUUCCGUGACAGCAAAAAUACAACAGGCCACAUUGAACACUUUUAGUGAAAUCGUCCAAAGCAAAGUAACAUUAAACUGCUCAGAUGACAAUAUCUUCUUAACAGAGUCAGAUAAGCUACCUCAAGGACAUAACUUGGAAUCCCCUGAAACCCCUAGUUUACAAAUGGUCAAAACUUUACUAAAAAAAGAUGAAUCAAUGUGUUCGGAUGAUGUUCCCACACAGAAACUAUCACUACAUGAAGACAGGUGUGAAAUUCAAAGAAAUGAACAUGAAAGUGAUCAACUUUCAAAAAACACUCAGUCUUUAGAAAAAACAGUCAGCAUUUCUCUUACUGAUAAUGCAUUAUUAAAGGAGCUGGAGACUUGUGCUUUAAGGAAAAAGUCUGAACGGUGGGGUCUAAAGCCUGUUGUUAGCACCUGUGGGAGCAUAUUUAUCCCUUAUGGCUCUGUUGAGACUGAAGAAAUAAGAUUUUUACAAGAGAAACUACAACUUGAGAAAACAGUAGUCUCUAGUGAAGUCUCUAAAUGCUCAGGCGAUAAUCAGCAAAUGAGCAACAUGCCUAUUGAAGAGGUGGCUUCAAAAUCUGAUACCAUAAAAGCACGCAUGAAGGAUGUUCCCAUUGCAGGACAAUCAAAGAGUCAGCUCAUGCUCAGAAAACUGAAGUCUGUUAUUCUUAAAAAGAGGAAGGUCGAUGCCCUCAAAGAGGACUUGAAUAUAAAUUGUACUAUGGACAAUGAGCUUCGUACAAAAAGGAUAAAAAAUGACAUGACACCUGUGACUAUAAGGAACAUUAAUGACACAUGUGCCAAGGAGUUUAGUGUAGGUGAUCAAAAUGAUCCCAACUUGCUUUCAGUGGACCCUCUUUUUGCCCAUGCCUUGGGUCUGACUCCAAAAAGACCACAAAAUAUAAAAGCAUUAGAUAUAAAUGCAGGGCACAUAAGUGACUCAUCUGGGGCAAAAGAAAUGUUUGUAACCAAAGAUGGUUCUCCUUACAAACCACAAAGUCUUUCAUCUCCAAAAGGAACAAGACUUAAAAUGCUUAAAAAGAAUCAAAACCUUUCUGCAGAUCAAGUGAAAAAGAAAUGGUGGUUGCAUUUUCAAACCCCAGCUUGUUAUGCUGAAAAACAAUUCCAAGAGUGUUUAAGUGAUAAUUCAGUCAGUAAGAUUAUUCAGGAAAAAACAAACACGUCUUCAGAGGCUUUGAAUUUACUGGCUGACUUGGCACUUUGUGCCAAUAAAGGACAGGUUUCACCCCAUCGAACACAAGAAUGUGAAUUUCAGGCGAAUGUUACCAGUCCAGAACAACAGACAGUUCUUCAUGCUUUGCUUAGCCAGCCUGAUGCUAAAUCUGUUCAGCCACAAGAACCUCCUUCACCAGAUGGUUUUGGAGGCACUGGACUGGUUGAUGCGAUAUAUAAAGAACAUGCUUACUCAUUGCCCUCAUCUUCCUCUUUGCCGUUGGCAUUGCCAGCACCUUUUCAGGUUUCACCUUUAAAUGGUUCCUCCAGAUUGCUGCAUGCUCUGAGACUGUGGGGUGAAGCACAACAAAUGCCUCCUCUCAGUCUAGAAGAUAAAGUUGAAGAAAACAAAAGGGCUCCAGGAGACCCCAAAAGAAGCUGGUACAGAAGAAAGUUUCGCCUGUCACGCACAAUCGAGAACAGGGAUAAGACGGUUCAUGUCACAAGACACUGGAAGGAAGACUAUGACUUUAAUCUGGACAGCCGGUUCACAGUAGAUCCUAAGGACAAAACAAUUGUCAGAGCCUUACAUGGCCCCUGGGAUUCUUCUAUUCAUGACACCAAUGAAGAAAUACAGAUCAUUGUUCACAUGUGGAUCGGUCUGUUUUACAGCCGGUCAACUGCUCGUUUUUUUCAUCUUGAUCCAGAUGUCACAUUUCCAGCUCCAGAAAACAAUGUUUUUGAUGGAGUGAAAGUGUCCAAUGAAAAGAGACCUGAGCAGAAUGCUUCAAACAUUGCUGUGCACAGUCCUUUGCUGAAUGUAGCAGACAAGCCAGAAGUACAAGUUUUGGAUCUUAGCAAACCCAAGAACUGUGCCAUAGACACCGAACCUCUUUGUUUGAACUUGUCACAGAAAUUGUCCAGUGUGGAAACUGCCAAUGAGAAUCUAAAAGUUACCACACAAGAACUCAUGGCAACGAAUCAAGUUCCAGAAGAAUUGAACACAUUAAAUCCACAAGUAUUGCCGACAACCCUUCCCAUCCAGUGGUACUUGAAUCUGUCUGCAGGAGUUGCCCCAUAUCUGAAUUAUGUGGGUAUGCCUGCAAAUAAUGGUAUUUCCUCUGAAUUGAAUCAAGUGUUUAUUCCAGUAUGGAACAGAAUCACAAAACAAAGCAUUUGCACCAACGACACCCAGACACCUUCAAUGGCUUCUGCUGAGUCAGGUGAAUCCCACCAGACAGAGGACACUUGUGAGAACUUUCCCAAACGUCCAGAAGUGCCUAUCAGAAGACAAGACAGCUGCAAAAGACAAAGGAAAAAAACUCAAAGGAAUGCUUAUUUAUCAGCUUCCCCAAAUAAAAAGGAAUCUCCUGAAAAUAAAAUGCAUGCAAAAAAUUUGUCUGACUCUAACACUUCAACUGAUCGACGUCCUACAAAUGGAGAUGUGAAUGCCAUAAGAAGUAACAAUCUUUUGGAAAUCAAGAAAAAAUAUAUGGAAAAACUAAAAGCUGCUUCAAGCCAAGUUAAUCAGAAAAUAGAUUCCUCUGCACCUCAAAAUGAUACAGAAGUUGGACAAUGUAUUCUCCUAAAGAAGCUGUUGCGGGAGGAGAAACCCACCAUUGCAGUGACACCCAAACUCCAGGCCCUUUCAAAAAAGACAGUUGUUUACAAAAACGCUGCUAAAACUUGUGAUGAAAAUGGGUGGAUUAAUCCAAAAACUAAUGAGACUAUUUGUAAUAUUAAUUUAAAUGGACAUACAUCUUUAAACAUUAUUGGUGUAGAUCCAUUAGUUGAAUCCAAAAACCUGAAAACCAGUCACUCACAGGAGAUAAGCGUCAGAAAACAAGAUGUAAUGGUUGAAAAUCCCUCUAUAGAUUGCAGGGGUUUAUCUCAAGAUGAGUAUGUCAAAACCAUUAAAUCCCCUGUGAUUAAUACAGAUAGCAUCUCAUACGAACAUCCAAAUGAUGAAACUGAGAACAGCAAGAACUGUGAUGUUAAUUCAUGUACUGGAAUAAAUACCUCUCUUGAAGAUAAGUCACUAGAGCAGACUUGCAAUGAGGUAGAUAACCAAGGUUUUGAAGAUAUGGAGUUUGUACCAUCAGAGAGCUCUGAAGUCAUGGUACAGCUAUCUACCAACUCAGACAAUGCAAGUUAUGAUGGGCACAGUCAACACAGAAAACUAUUUGCUGCUGGAAGUGAAGUCAACCAUCCAUCUGAUCUCAGAGACAGUGAAACCGAUGAUAGAUGCCCUACUCCAACAAUAGAUGAACAACCAUUUGUGUACCUAAGCCAAUCAAAGACUAACUCUGAUGUAAAUGAGUUGGAUGAAGUUUGCCCAGAUGCUGAUAAAAGGGAACCCAGCACAAGCCUAACACCUGUAAUGGAUAAGACUUUGGUUGAACUAGUGCCAAAAGCCUUCAAUUGUGAUCCAAUAACUAAUGUUGGCACUCAGUCUGAUAUUGAACUACGGACUCUUAGAACAUUAAAAUGCUUAGAUGAGUAUUUAAGCACAUUACAGAAUAAAACACAUCAAUCACUUUUAAACUCUGAAGACACACCUAAUUCACCAAUUUGCUUAAAGAAAAGGAGAUCUGCCCUUAUUCAUAAUCCAAAUGAUAUGAAAAGUACAUCCAGCAUGAGUGAUUCUUGUCGUCCAGAAGUAAAAUAUGAGUCUUCCCAGUAUAUAUCACCUUUCAAUGAGGCUAAUAUGCAGCAAGUUAAACAAAUGUGCCCAACAGAGUCUCUCUGUGUUCCAGACCUUUUUCCCACAGAUGAUUCAGGCAGACUCACUAAAAGUAAUGUCAAUGUUGAAGAAGGUGGCCUUAAAUCAAACCAGUCAUCAAGCUCUACAAGUCCUGGAGUGGCUGAGAGACCAUCCAAGAUUGUAAAGGAACAAGGGCAUUUCAUUUCACCCAACAAACUAAAGGCAAAUCCUGAUUGUGAAGCACAGUCAAAACCAUUUAUAAGGUUUUCUAUAAAACGGAUACGACAAGGAGGCUUUGUUUGCCAUGGACCAGUUUUUGAAGCCCAUCAAAAUGAAAAAUGCUCUGAAAACUUUGCCUCAAGAAAGUGCAAACAUCCUGACAAACAAGAACUACAAACUAUUCAAGCAGAAGCUAUAUCAUCUUCCAUUUCCGCACAGCCAGUUGAAUCUCAUGCAAGCCCUGUCUUGCAGGUUCUCAAACACGAUCCUUACAUAAUGGUUAAAGAUAAUAAAAGUGGCGAUGAAGACUUCUUGAAUUACUCAACAUCGUUUGUAGAUUCCAAAACUAAUAAAAUUACAGACCAUAGUCUAGGAAUUCAAGGCUCGCUUAGUUGUACUGUAUCCAAUACUGGCAGAAAGCUUUCUUCUUUUCUGGAAAAGGUAUCUAAACGAUGUAUGCAGGACGACCCAACUCAAUCAUCAAUGGAUCGCGAGUGUCUGAUCUUCAUGGAUCAAAUGAAACAACUUUUGAAAAGAAAACAAGACCAAGGAGCCCAGUGUGAUCAAUCAAAUCAGUCAUCAUCUUGUCCCAUAACUGUACAGUUUUCUCAUCUUCAGGAGCAAGAUGAUGUAUUAGAUGACACUGUGAUACCAUCUGCAUUUAUUAAUCAAAAGAUCAGUGUAGACAUGUCUGACAGGAAACUAUUGAAAGACCCCACGCAACAAAUUUCUUUAAAGCCUCAAGCCCACGGAGCACUAGAACAGCCUGGGGUGUCAGCCAUCACAGCCCAAUGUACACGGCUGUACAGGGACAUCAUGAAUAAAAUCUGUUCAGGGAGUAGGAAUGCUUCUCUGCUGAGAGACUUACACAAAAAUGACUUUGAAGAUUCAACUGCUAAUUCUAGCAACUACUUUGACUUUUGUAGUCAAAUGAAGAGAGAAAUGGAUGACCACUUUCACACAAGUCUGAAUUCAGUGGUGAAGAAAUCCUGCAAAACCAAGAACCGGUUCUUCUUGUUAAUCACAUCGGAUGAUGCCUUUUUUAACAAAACCCAGGCAUAUUUGGAGGCAGAGGGUCACAUUGCUGUGCAACCAUCUGACUUUUUCAUCAGAGAAAGCAGCUCCUCACCAUUACUGGUUAUUGUCAGAAAUGAAGAUAUUGCAGGACAUAUUUUUGAGGUCCCUCAUUUGCUUGAGCUUCGAAAGUCCCUAGUUGUCCAAUUUGCAGGGAUUGAUGAACCAGAUGAUGUUGUUAAUUUAACGUAUCAGGAGCUCUUCAUCAAAGGUGGUUUUGUAAUGUUUGAUAAAGGAGCAGUAGAGUCCUUGAGCCCAGGCAAGUAAAAACUUACAGUAUGUUUGUUUAUA